AUGAGUUUAGUUGGAUAUAUCUACAUCUAUUUGCUAGGUGGUAUAACUUUUAUACCUCUCGUUAUAUUUCUGUUUAUUUAUUUUCACCCUGUAAUAGAUGAUGCCAGCAAUGGAAUCAAUGAAGGGGGAGAGAAAGUGAACGUUGGAGAGAUAGAGGAAAAGGAAUCAUCGGGAUUGAAAACGUACAGAUCGGGAUGGAUCACUGUGACACAGGAUUACAUUGAGUCAAUUGAUGAUAUUUCUUCCAAUACCCAAUCGAUAAGUGAAUCAACCGAAAAUAAAUCAGCCUAUUCUUCGUUGUACAAGUUGGUUAGGAAUUCUGAUUCGGAUUCAUCUACCACAGUUGAAACUUCGAACCAGCCUAUCGAGACCAAAAGUGAUACCACAGUUAAGAAAUCACAAAAGAAACACAGAUUCUACGCGGUGCUUAAACAUGGCAAUUUAUUCUUGUACAAGAACGAGAGCUUAAAGGAUGUGAAGCAUGUAAUUGUCUUGUCUAAUCAAAUAAUUUCUGUUUGGCCUCGGGAUAUACUGGAUGCUCAACUAUUCAUUAAAACUACAGCUAUCUGUAUUAUCAAGAGUGACUGGUCAAGAAAAAGAAGGUUGUCAGAAGAAUUUGAGAAUGAAAUAAUUACUACAAACGAUAUUUUGACGAUGAACUUGAAACCACCAUCGGGAUCUAUAUUUAUAUACUGUGAUACUAAUAUUGAAAAGGAAGAUUGGUAUUUUAGCUUGAUCAAAGCAACCAAAACAGAAUCGGAAUCUAAGAAUUUAAAUCCACUGGUACAUGCGAAGACUUUACAUUUCGAAACGGAUGAUAUGAUUAAUUUAAUCCAGACUUUAUACAGUUCGGAAGGUCAAUGGCAUACGAAAUGGUUGAAUGCAAUGAUAGGUAGGUUGUUUUUGUCUUUGCAGAAGACAGAGUUUUUGAAGGAAUUUUUGAAGAACCGUUUGAACAAAAAAUUAAACAAAAUAAAAAAGCCCGGAUUUUUGGACACUUUUAAACUUGUUAAGCUAGACGCCGGGACUGCUGCUCCAUUUAUAACAUGGCCCAGCUUGCAAGAAAUCAACCCUAAUGGUGAUCUUGUUGUCAAGUUAUUUUUUCAUUAUCACGGAAAGUUAUCAUUUCAAAUAUCGACAAAGGUAAAUAUUAAUCUUGGUUCACGAUUCAAACCUAGGGAAGUUGAUUUAUUGCUAUCAAUUACAAUUGAAAAGUUAGAAGGGCCAAUGCUAGUAAAGUUUAAACCACCGCCUUCUGAAAGAAUUUGGUAUUCCUUCGAAAGUGAGCCUUUAAUCAAUUUAAAAAUUGAGCCAAUAAUAAGCUCAAGACAACUCACAUAUAAUAUUAUCACUAAUUCAAUUGAAAAGAAAUUGAAAGAAGCUAUUAAGGAUACUCUCGUUUUACCACAUUGGGAUGAUUUUGUAUUUUACAAUACUACGAAUGAAAUUUAUAGAGGCGGAAUAUGGGAUAAAGAUAGCAGACCAAAAGAACGAGCGGAGACAGAAGAAUCACUGGACAUUGAAGAAUCACAACAACAAUUGGAAGAAGAUGCUGAGUCUAUAACUGACGGAAGUUAUUUGCCAAGACAAAACACAUCAAGCAAUUUAACAACUAAAACAGGGGACGUUGUACCACCCGUAAAAGUUAAUACUGUAACCCCAAAAUUAAGAAUUUCAAAUACUCUAAGUGAUAUUUCCAAAAAAAUGAAAAAGCCAAAAUCAAAUACUACUCUUAGUGUGAAUGAAGACAAUUACUAUUCCGAUGGUUCGUUCGUUGAAUCUUCCAAAACCAAUGACCGUGAUUUAUCCGAUCCGAAUAAUAAUAAAAAGUCCACUAUCAAUACAUUGAAGAAAAUUGGAAAAUGGUAUUUUAAAGAUGAAAAAUCGAUUCCAGAAAACGAUAAUUAUACAAAACCAGAAAUGAUACUGAGUCGGAGAACGGUUAAGAAACCUGGUUCAGAUAGCUCGAAACUGCAUCAGGAUAUGGAUUUGCCAUCGUAUGAAAUGUUUAAUAAAGGCUUGAAUUGUGAUGCUAAUUCUGCAAAGGAUUCUUAUAAUCAAGCUAGUGCUGCGGGUAGGUCAAGAACCAAUUCCAAAUUAAGUUUAGGUAGCACAGAAAAGCCGUUAAAUUUAGACAAUGAUUCAGAAACAGCUUUUAAUGAACCUCUUGAAAAUGAACCUAUUGGUUUAAAUAUCGAUGUUGAUGAUAGUAACAGUAUAAAUUUAAAAGGAGGUUCAAAAAUCGCUUUAUCAUCGAGCUUUUCUCCUACUAAUGCAAGUAUUAUUUCAGAAGAUCUUACUGAAAAGCAUUCUGUGCCCCAUCAGAGACACAGAAAAGCUCCUCCCGAACCUGCCCCGAAGACACCUCCCCAAUUGCCCCCUAGGGAAAUCGAUGGAGUUGCGAAUGAUUCUUCAAGGUCAUUAAACACUUCGAAAGACAAGAAGGUGAAUGUGUUGCAAGAAGAACAAGAAGUGAAAGACGGACAACUUCUAAAUGAAAAUGAAAGUAACGAGGUUAAUGAUAAUGAUAUAGAUGAUUUAAGUAUUUAG